AUGUGUAGAAAUGAACCGAAAUGUGCUCAAUGUGAUGGUAAUCAUCACUCAUUAGAUAAUCAAUGUCAAGUUAUAAAAGAAUAUAAAGAUCAAUUAAAAGAGGAUGUUGAAGAUGCGAUACAAAAAGGAUUAUUACAGCGAUUAUCACUGCAAGAAAAAUCACCUAUGUUCGAAUUUCGUGAUCAAGAUUUUCCACCAUUAACAACAAGUGAUAAUCAUUCUAACAAACGAUGGAAUAUUGCGCAACCACGUACAACUGUCGAGUCGAAUUUUUUACGUUCAUCCGAUACAGAAAAAGCAUUCGAAUCUAUCAAUGAUAAUCUGGUAAAGCUUAUCGAUCUUUAUGCCAGUUGGGGCACUCGCGCAGUUGAAGCUAUUGAUUUAGUGUGUGAAGUUCAAGCGUCUGUUUGUAUUUUUACAGAAGUAGGAGAGUUAUGGAACACAUGUCGAUUACCACAUUUUAACACGUUCCAUCAAAAAGGUGCUAACAAUAAUGGAGGAGUAGAAGGUACCAUUCUAUCAGGAGACUUUAAUGCAACAGUGAAAGAAUGGAAUAGUCCAAUAACUGAUAGGAGAGGUGCGAGCGUGAGAGAAUGGAUAAAUGAAAAACAAUCUCAAUGA